AACAUCGGUAUAGUAUUUAGUCUGUGUAGGGAGGAAAACCCGCCUAAAAUACAGAAGAGGCAACCAUGCCGCGUGGUAUCAGGUUAUUAGACAGUCAGAGCUAAAAUAAAUUAAAUUAUAAAAAGAAAGGGAAAAUGAAUCGGAAUCUGCUGCCAUAUUUUCUUAUGAAGACUCGAUUUAUUUGGACGUCUUUGUUCUUGUUCAUACAUGGUGUGUCAGCUGUUGAAACAGAUGUAUCAUCAGUGUCAGUGAUGGAGGAAGAUUCAAUCACUCUAAACACUAGUUUUGAAACAAACCAACAAGAUGAUAUAAAAUGGUAUUUCAGUGGCAUUCGCAUCGCUCUAAUCACUGGAGAUUUCCAUAAGAUCUGUACAGAUGUUCAGUGUAAUAAAGGUAACGAGAGAUUCAGAGACAGACUGAAGCUGGACAAUCAGACUGGAUCUCUGACCAUCACAAACAUCACAAACACAGACUCUGGACUUUAUGAAUUAAAGAUCAUCAGCAUCAGAAAAAGCAGUGAAAGGACCUUUAAUGUUACAGUUCAUGAUAUUCCUGCUAAUGAACGAGAGCAAAUGCAGAGAAAGUCAGUGAAGGAGGGAGAAUCUGUCACUUUAGAUUCUGAUGCAGUUAAAAACCCAAAUGAUUUAAAGGUGUGGUAUUUUAAAGACAUUCUCAUCGCUGCAAUCAGUGGAGAUCACAGUUAUACCUGCACAGAUGUUCAGUGUUAUAAUGGCACUGAGAGAUUCAGAGACAGACUGAAGCUGGAUCAUCAGACUGGAUCUCUGACCAUCACAAACAUCAGAACCACAGACUCUGGACUUUAUAAACUACAGAUCAGCAGCAGCAGAUUCAGCAUCAUGAGGAGCUUCAGUGUUUCUGUCAUUGUUCCAGAUUCAAGUUUGUCAUCAGCUGCUGUAGCAGGAAUAUGUGCUGCUGCUGCUGUUAGUGUCCUGCUGCUGCUGGUGACUUUAUCUGUGAUUUGUUACCGUCAUCAAGUAAGAAGGAAAGACACCAGGAUGCAGGACAGAUAUCAGGUGAAUGUUGAUGGUGACUUGUCACCUAAUCCGAGUGAGACUUCACUGAUGAAUGAUGCUGGUGAGAGAUCCUGUAUUCACACUGUUGCUCAAGUGACGAACACUACCAGUGAUUCUUCUCCGAAUCAGAUUGAGAUCGAGUCCGAGGCUGCCAGUGAAACCUAACAUUAUUUUGAUACUUUCACUGAAAUGGAAAGUGCAGAAAGGAUUUAAUGAGCGUAAGACAAUCUCUCGUUGCUCAGAGAAAGUGUUCCUAUACUAAGAUUUUAGGAGUCACUACUAAUUCCAGGUUAAACUUUAUCUCAACACAAAUUCUAUAUAAAGUUAAACUUGAAUUCAAAAUAGAAAAUUAAAAUUCGAGUUCUACAUACUUUUUCUCUAUGUAGAAAGAGAACCUCCCCGUGCUGAAAUGCAUUGUAUAAUGUAUCGACUAUAGCCAGAGAUAUUGUCAAAAGCAUCACAUUUUGGAAAUAUUAAGAGGAUUUGGCAUUUUUAGUUAAUGUAGGCCAUUAUUAUUAGGUAACGUUUAUUAUUAAAUUACAAUUAAUUUGCCCCGCAAUAAUUUCAUAGCACAUGACCGCAUAACUGACACGCUGAUGAUAAUGAAAGUUUACUACUCAUUGAAUUUUUUUUUUAGAACAGGUCUGUUAAUUUAUACAAUUAAUUAAUAGGUGUAUAAUUAAAAUAAUUAACACUGCUGACCUCAAUGAAAAUCAAGAGCAGCUUUAUUUCUAGCAUUGACUUUCAAAAACAACCUGUUUAACACCAUUCUUUUUUUUCAGUAUGUAUGGGCCACAAGAGACAUAUUAAUGGAAUAACUGAUGUGCCGUUAUCAGCAUAUGUUGAAGUAGAUUACUCUCAUGUUGUAUUUGGGAGAAUAUGCGUCAUUAAUGCAGCGUUAAGACUUUCACUUUGUAUAAUUGACUAAGGUUAAGAUGUUCUUCGGCGUAACUGUUGUGCAAAAUUUCUUGGUUUAAAACCUAUUUUGCGCUACCCCACUGGUCUGUAGGCUUCUUCUGAUCAUUCGAUUUAAAAUAACCAGCACAUUUUUCAUUCAGUCCUGUUGAAGCUUUCUGUUAUGGUGUUAUAAUCCACCACAGUCUAAUCAGACAUUUUGCUGACGUACGUCUGCUUUGUGUGCCAAAACAGAGACCUGUGUCUUUAAUGCAAUUAAAACAACAAAAGACCAAUAGAAAGUCGUUGUCAGACCUGAUUGAAGAACUUAAAGCACUGGUAUCAUUUGUAUUUUUUUUCUAUUGUAUUUAUGUGUGCCAACGGUGAUAAUUUGGUUUAUUUGUUUUUAUUUAUUACCUGACUUCAGUCGAGAUAUGUCAGUUGUUUACUCUCCUUUCAGACAUAAUCGACUUUUUCUGGGGAUACUUGCCAAGACUUAUUUUGUCAUUUUAUCUGUUCAAGAGCAAGAACACGUGAAAUAGAGCUCACUUCAACAUUCGCGCACUGUCUGAGAGAAUCAGGGAUCUAAAUUGGCGUUGAGCCUUGCUUGAGUUUAACUUGAAGAGAUGAAAACAGUACAGUAACUACAGUAAACAGACAGUACUACAGUAAACGAACAAACUAAAUAAGAACAUUAAGUUUACAAUGACAAAAAUGUCUUCCAAAUACUGUACUGUGUGCCUUUUAACGCUGUGCCAAUUUUUUUUUUGUUUUUUUUUUGUUUUUUACAAUUUCAUAUUGAAUUCGCUGCAUUGUCACUACACUGUAAGACCUAUACAUGCCUUCACGUGUCAGAUUUGUCUCAUUUGAUGGAGAAAAACUGAUGCUGUAAGUGUUUAUUGAUAUUGUUUACAACAACAACAAAAUAUCAGUCUUUUGUAUUAAUGUACCGUGUAUCAUAUCAUAUCUCAGUGUACCAGUGUAACCAUAACUUUGUCUUUGUGAACAUAACAUUGGUGAGAUAUUAAGUGCUGCUGUGAUCAGCUUAGCUCACUGCCAAGUUUUCAUUGUUUUUUUUUUUUUUUGUACAGUGAUCUUGUAAAGUCUUAUCCUCUGAUUGUAUAUAUUUGUUUUUACAUAAUUUUUAUAUUUCUGUAUGUUUUUAUACAUUUUUUAUUUUUUGUACAAAAGUGUUAUGAGUAAUAUCUGAAGUAACUUCCACUGGUUUAUUCUGGUUUAUCACUGGUGUGUCUGUACAUUCUGGAAUGUGAUUUCAACUCUGCAUCAAAACUUUUUAAAUCUUUUUCGUUUUUGAAACUGUCAGUUCCUGGUUUUGACACUAGAGGACAUUCCAGCACUGCUUAUAAGCACUGCUUGUAGUACACACUUAAUGUAUGAAUGAAAUAUUAAGCAAUUUAAAACAAACAUUUGAUGAGGUUUUUACAGAGAAAUACAUGGGUAAACAAUAGUGAACAAUAAUAACCAUAAUAAAAGCUGUGAUAUUAAGAAAAAAAAAAAAAAACACUGAUUCCGUAUUGCUCUUAUUGCUCAGGAUGCUAAGCAAGGAUAGCAUUUUUUAAGUCAAGACUAGCUGAUUUAUAAUUUCAGGAAUUGUGAGAGAGCCUAUUUACAAUAAGUGAAAAUAGCAUAUUUUCUUAGUGAUAGAUAUUAUUUACAUUAAGUUAUAAUAGCAUUUAUUUGUGAUAUAUUUACAGUAAGUGCAAAUAGCUAGAUUCUGUUUAUAGGUUACUAUGUUAAAAUAUGAUAUUCUGCUAAUUACUUAUUGCAAACAGUGGCAAUUAUCCUCAGCAUUGUAUAUAUUAUAAAACAAUAUGUAAUAAAACAGACCCCCACCUCCGCGCCUAUGCUUGUGAAGUUGGAACUGCCCCACUUUAUAGAAGCAGACACAGGUGUAGGUCACUCUCACAGGAAACAGUCCCCGCUGCACACAUCUGAAUAUAUGGGUUGAACUUGUUCUGGAACAGUGUUGUA